AAAAUAUUUUCAAAGAAAUUGGAUUUUGGAAUGGAAUUGCAAAAAUGAAAUGAUACCCAUCAUUCAUUUUCAUGUGCUCUUCAAUCCCCAUAACAUAUUAUUACAAGCAUUGUGCUAUUAUUCAUCAAUGUCUCCUUCUUCCCUUUUCUUCUGAAUCUUUAAUCUUAAUCACCUUUGCUUUCUAGGGUUUAGAGAAAAGGAAAAAAAGAAAGAAACCUAAAUAAAGCUCUCACCUUUAUAUACACAUAUAUAGACAUAAUUACUGGUGUCUCUCUCUCUCUUUAUUUUUCUUUUAAAUUUAAUUUUUUAUGGAAAUAUAGAAAGAUAUUUGCAUGUAUAAGGAAUCAUUUGCUUUUGGGUGUCUGCCUUUGACAUAUGGAAUUUGCUUUAUCAGUUUGGUCUCUCUUUAAAAAAAGAGAGAAUAUAUAAAGAAAAUAUGAUCUGAUGUGUCAUGGGUUUCUCUCUUUUUCUGCUAUUUCAUCAUUUGCUGUGAAAAAAAUCCAAUCUUUUUCUGUUAAAUAUAAAUAUAUUAUAUUGUUUGAACAAAAUAAGGUUGUGGGGUGGUGAAAAGAUUGGAUUUUUAAGGGUGAAAUGUUGGCAUUGGAAGGUGAAAUGGAGAAAGAAUUUGAUGCAAAGCUAAAAAUUCAGAAUAAUUCAGCUCCUAAUACUACUCAGAGAUCUAAGAGUUUUGCAUUCAGAGCACCACAGGAGAAUUUUACAAUUCAAGAUUUUGAAUUGGGAAAGAUCUAUGGUGUUGGUUCUUAUUCCAAGGUUGUUAGAGCAAAAAAGAAAGAUACCGGGAAUGUUUAUGCGUUGAAGAUCAUGGACAAAAAGUUCAUCACUAAGGAGAAUAAGACGGCUUAUGUGAAACUAGAGCGUAUUGUACUUGAUCAGCUAGAUCAUCCUGGUGUUGUCCGACUAUUCUUCACCUUUCAAGACACUUUUUCGCUGUACAUGGCGCUCGAGUCUUGUGAAGGUGGAGAGCUUUUUGAUCAAAUAACAAGGAAAGGCCGUUUGUCUGAAGACGAGGCACGUUUUUAUGCAGCUGAAGUUGUAGAUGCUCUUGAAUAUAUACAUAGUAUGGGAUUGAUUCAUCGAGACAUUAAGCCAGAGAACCUGCUUCUUAGUUCAGAUGGACAUAUUAAAAUUGCGGAUUUUGGCAGCGUAAAGCCAAUGCAGGAUAGCAGAAUAACAGUCCUUCCAAACGCGGCAUCAGAUGACAAAGCCUGUACUUUUGUGGGAACAGCUGCUUAUGUCCCUCCUGAAGUUUUAAAUUCUUCUCCUGCGACUUUUGGAAAUGAUCUUUGGGCACUUGGAUGCACGUUGUAUCAAAUGCUUUCGGGAACUUCUCCAUUUAAAGAUGCCAGUGAAUGGCUCAUCUUCCAAAGAAUCAUUGCCAGAGAUAUCAGAUUUCCAAAUUAUUUUUCAAAUGAAGCCAGAGAUCUUAUUGAUCAGUUGCUGGAUAUUGAUCCUAGCAGAAGACCUGGUGCUGGACCUGAUGGUUAUGCUUCGCUGAAAAAUCAUCCUUUUUUUAAUGGGAUUGAUUGGGAGAAUUUAAGGUCACAAACUCCUCCAAAGCUUGCUAUGGAGCCAAAAGCCCCGUCAACUCAUAGCAGUGGCGACGAACAAGAUCCUUCAUGGAAUCCAUCGCAUAUUGGCGAUGGUUCAGUUAGACCUAGCGAUGGAAAUGGCGGUGCUACAUCAACUUCUGAAACUGGUAGCAUCACCAGGCUUGCAUCGAUCGACUCUUUUGAUUCAAAAUGGAAGCAGUUUUUGGAACCUGGUGAAUCUGUUCUCAUGAUUUCCAUGGUGAAAAAGAUACAGAAACUUACAAACAAGAAAGUUCAGCUAAUCCUAACAAAUAAACCAAAGUUGAUUUAUGUAGAUCCCUCAAAAUUGGUGGUCAAAGGGAACAUUAUAUGGUCCGACAAUCCUAAUGAUCUUAGUAUUCAAGUCACUAGCCCUUCACAGUUCAAGAUUUGUACACCAAAGAAAGUUAUGUCAUUUGAGGAUUCUAAACAACGAGCACAGCAGUGGAAAAAGGCGAUUGAAGCUCUCCAGAACCGGUGAUUCUGGUCUUUUUGUUUCGACUACACAUUCUUUGCAAAUGUAAGGGAAUUGUAGAGCGUACGGGGAAUCCAGAAACAGUUGGAUCCUCCCAAAGAAUUCUUAUCAAACACUAAAUUUUACAGCUUUACUUCUUGUAGAAAUUUUCACCACACUUUCCUCGGAUGAAGCUCACACAUUUGUAUUUUACAGACUUGCAAGGACAGAAGUUCUAAUUGAAAGAACUUGGAGAGCUGAUUUGUCAGCUCUUUCGCUCUCUA